AUGUCGUACUUCUUCUCGACCCCCGUCGACAUCGACAUCGUGUUGGAAGAUGCUGAUGAGCGGUCUAUGGUGGACGUCAAGCUUGACAAGAACCGCCGCGAAAAGGCGCCGCUGUACAUGGAUGGCGAGAGCGUCAAGGGCGCCGUCACCAUCAGACCUAAGGACGGCAAGCGGCUAGAGCAUACGGGCAUUAAAGUCCAGUUCAUUGGCACGAUAGAGAUGUUCUUCGACCGCGGAAACCACUACGAAUUCCUUUCGCUCGUCCAGGAGCUCGCCGCCCCUGGCGAGCUACAACACCCGCAGACGUUCGACUUUAACUUCAAAAACGUCGAGAAGCAGUACGAGUCGUACAAUGGCAUCAACGUCAAGCUGCGCUACUUUGUCCGCGUCACCGUGUCCCGCCGCAUGGCCGACGUCAUUCGCGAAAAGGACAUCUGGGUCUACUCGUACCGCAUACCCCCCGAGAUGAACUCGUCCAUCAAGAUGGACGUUGGUAUCGAGGACUGCCUGCACAUCGAGUUCGAGUACUCCAAGUCAAAGUAUCACCUCAAGGACGUCAUCGUCGGUCGCAUAUACUUCUUGCUGGUCCGCCUCAAGAUCAAGCACAUGGAGCUGUCCAUCAUCCGGAGAGAGACGACGGGCGCGGCACCGAACCAAUAUAACGAGAGCGAGACGCUGGUGCGGUUCGAGAUUAUGGACGGCUCGCCUUCGAGAGGAGAGACCAUUCCCAUCCGCCUCUUCCUUGGCGGUUUCGACCUGACCCCAACAUUCCGGGAUGUGAACAAGAAGUUCUCGACUCGGUACUACCUCAGUCUGGUGCUCAUCGACGAAGACGCACGGAGGUAUUUCAAGCAAUCGGAAAUCAUCCUCUACCGCCAAGCCCCAGAUGCGGUCGCCGGUCCCAACAUGAUUAUGGCCGCCGCCCCGGAGAACCCCAAGCUCAUGGGCCCUCCUCCCGUUCAGGCAUAG